AUGGCGGGAGCGUCACAAUCCUGCGGCGCCGAUCCGAUAAUUUUACGACCACCGCAGGCCAGGAGAAGAAUGAUAGGCCCCUCGGGCCUGGCUAAAGACGCGCCGGAUAAUGAGAGCCUGGCUCUCGCCUUCGUGUCUAGCCAGGUUCAGACACCUCAGCUGGUGUCCCUGACUUCGAUCGUUGCCUUCGAGGGCCUAACGAUCAAAAUCCUGGGCGCCUCACUAUCCCAAGUCCACAAGCUCACCAUGACGCCCUAUCUGCUGUGGCCGCUUGGUGCUGCGGUCUUGUUCUACAUCCUAAGAUUGUUCUUCAUCCCCAAGCCCCUUCCUGGAAUCCCAUACAACCGGCUCUCCUAUCUGUUGCCAUGGGGCGACCUCUUGAGCUUUGGGAUCUCCUUCUUCGUCCGUGGUGAAGUUUUCGCGUGGUUCAACGCCCAGUCCCAUCAUCACCGCAGCCCCAUCUUCCAGGCCUUCAUCCCCUCCUUCAGCACAUCCUUCCCCGUGCUCGUGGUGACGGACCCGGUAGAGGUGAGAGAGAUCGUGACACGCAGGCUCAGGAGUAUCGACCGGUCGAGGCUGAUGGGCCUGUGGUUCGGGCUGCUGGCCCCUGGCGCGAGUAUCGGGAUGCCCUCUGGGGCCAGCUUCAGGGCUCUGAGGUGGGCUUGGAACUCAAUGCUGAGCACUGUGUUCCUUGGGAUCGUGGGUGGACCGAGGAUCCGAGACGCAGCCUUGGAUCUGGUCGAGCUCUGGACCUUGAAGGGUGGCACAGAGCAAGGCUCGCCCUUUGAAGCAUGCGCGGAUCUGAGGUUGGCGACGCUCGAGGCGGUGGUGGGUUUGCUGCUCGGAAAGGAUCUCGGCAUGCUUGGUGUCGAGAGUGCCGAGUUCGAGGGUGCAGAGGACCGGAAGAAACUUUGGCCCUGGGAAAGGAGUGGACGAGAGGCCCAGCCGAGGCGCUUCUACCGAGACUUCAGUCUUUGUCUCGUGUGCCUGGACUGGGUCACGCAGGGCAUUUCGCCAACGGUGUACUUGUGGGUGUUCAGGCAACUCUUCUGGCCGUUCCAAAAGGCACAGAAACACGUCGAGGCCUGCCUACAGCGCGUCAUCGACGACGCGCGCCAGGUGUCAGCGGGCAGGGAGAAAGCCGCUUACGACUCGCACAGCGCGUUGGAGCUGGUCCUCGACAGAGCUGCCUCAAGACCACAAGCCCGAGAUGCCAUGUCAGACGCUGCGCUGAGGAGCGAGCUCAUCGAGCUGCUUAUCACAGGCCACGAAACGACAGCCUCGUCCAUCGGAUGGGCGCUGAAGUACCUCGCUGACGACCAGGCUGUCCAGGGGAGACUCCAUCAAGAGCUGCUGCGAUUUCUGCCGGGGUCAGGUACUGUGCCGACCAGCGAGCAGAUUAUGACAACCCGCCUUCCUUAUCUCGAUGCCUUCAUUGCAGAAACACUGCGAUACUCGUGUACCGGGCCCAUUUCUUUCCGCGAAGCCGUACAGGAUUGUACCAUCCUCGGUCACCGCAUCCCAAGCGGGACGCCCAUCAUUCUCAUGACGCAGGAUGUCACUCAUCAAGAAGCGACGCACCCGGGACGCGAAUCAAGGCCAGCAGGGAGUCAUCCAGCGAGCCCCGGCCGGCCGGGCCUGGGCAACGCCGAGCCUCCGCUGAACGAGUUCCACCCCAGACGCUGGCUCAGCCCCGACGGCGAGUUUGACCCGAACGAUGCGUCAUCGCUGAGUUUUUCAGGGGGUGCAAGGGGCUGCUUUGGCCAGAGGAUAGCGAUGCUGGAGAUGAGAAUAUUCCUCGCGGUCCUGGUGUGGAACUUCCGCUUUGCGAAGCUGAGCGCAGGGCUGAGCCGCUAUGGCUCGCUGGACGGCCUCACGAGAAAGCCGAGCUGCUGUUUCGUCCUGCCUGUCCCACGGCGAAGUCGGCCGGCGGAGGGAGCAAAGGGCUUCUCCGUUCGUCCCAUCACCACCUUGCACAUGAAUGGCGCCAACGCCGAGGACAUGUCCAGGCCGCGGGUGCAUGAUCAGGAGUACAAUGGGGCCACGCCGGGAAUUACAGAGAGGAAAUCAGUGGAGCCGGUCGAGGCUUGA